AGUUUUAAGUACAGAACGAGAGGAGACAGCACAUCCGGAUCAUAUAUUUCAUGUCCAAUCAUGUCAAGAUAUGAUAUCGGUACCUCAACAAAAGCCAGAAAACUAUAUAGCUAUUUGGGAUUACAAACCAACAACGCAGGAUGAAAUCGAAAUCACGGAAGGAGAUGAAGUGACGGUCUUGGAAAAAUGUAGUUCAGGUUGGUUCCUUGCUGAAUUAAGUGGGAGACGUGGGUAUAUCCCUGGGAAUCACGUAAGGAAAGCUGAAGAUAUAAAUCCAGGUGGUGACCUUACAAAUGAAUUGGAGAAGGCAUUACUUCGUCGCCGUGCUACGUUAGAAACAAGUUCUUCAAAUGAAAAGUAAACAGGGAGCAAUACUUAUAUUUCAUCAAUAUCAAAUCAAGCCAAAUUUUUAAUUAAAGACAUAAGACAAAAUGUAUAUACAAGAA